AUGGAACGACCAUCUACACCACCUCGGGCAACAAAGCCUGCACCCACAAUCACUCCGCCGACCCCAGAAGUUACGAAGCGCAUAGAAGAGAACCGACUCCGCGCAAAGGCGAUCAGAGACCAGCGUGAAGCCGAACAACGAGCGACCGGCACCGUACCCGAAAUCCCCAAGAGCUCCGGAGGCUUUGUACCAACAGAAGACGUUUACAUCUCUAAGACUGCCAAUGGAAAGCGGCCGUACAGCUCUAUCUCUACAGCCGAUGCUUCUAAAGGAACAAAUCGAGAUGGGCGUAACAAAGGCGAUGAGGAGACGUUGCGGCCGGCGCGCAAAUUCACAAAGUUCGUCGAUUACAACAUGAGCGCCAUGACAGAUACGAAGGGUGGUUUCCUAUCGACGGAAGAUGAUCCGCAUAACUAUGCUCUUGGUGGCAAGAAGCCUGGGCAGUCUGAGGAUGACCAGCGACCGAAGCACAUGAGUGUUCAGGAGUGGGAGCGAUUACAGCUGAUACGGAACUUGAAGAGGCUAAAGUCUGGUCCUUUUGAGCCUGGACUGAGUGUGCUUGCGGACGACGAGACACGAAAGAAGUGCCAGGACUGCAAGAGCUUGGAGAUUGAUUUCGUCUGGGAAGAAGUCUUCCAUAUCUGUGUUUGCAAUAAGUGCAAGGAGAAAUAUCCAGAGAAGUACUCGUUGUUGACCAAGACUGAGUGCAAGGAGGAUUACCUACUCACAGACCCCGAGCUACGAGAUCCAGAGUUAUUACCACAUCUCUCGAAGCCGAACCCUCACAAAUCGCAUUGGCACGACAUGAUGCUCUUCCUCCGAUGUCAAGUAGAAGAAUACGCGAUUAAGACGAAGUGGGGGUCUUCAGAAGCUUUAGACGCAGAGUAUGAGCGACGGGAGACACAAAAGAAGGCUCGCAAGGAAGCCAAGUUUAAAGAGAAGCUACUUGACUUGAAGAAAAAGACAAGGACGGACGCCUUUCGCAGACAAGCUGGCAAUUUGAGCAAGUCUGGUGCAAGCAAGUUCGGUGAUGCAAUAGGAGGUGGGCGACAUGUUCAUGAAUGGGGACGAACAGUUGAGAAUGAGGAUGGGAUGACGGUCAAGACAUGUGUUGAUUGCGGUAUGGAAGUUGAGGAGCUUGUGUUUUGA